UCAUGGGAGCGGGGUCUCGCCGUCCAGCAUCUUUCGCUUGGACGGUAGCUGCUUCUUGGCUGAGAGACACACAUAAGCAGACAGUGAAUGACUCAUGGCCAGACGCAACGCUGCCUGCACGCAUCCUCUUAGAAUACCGGGCGUCUUCUCGGGCACCGGUGGCAGAAUGGGCUUCUUGUCCCGAGAAGCCACCCUGAAGCGGCUCCCUGUCGCCUGGUGGAGGUGCUUGUUGCGUGCUUUCUCACGCAGGCGCUCCUGGAACGUCUUGCCCUUGGCCGCAAACUGAAAGCGCACCAGGACACCAUCGAAAGUCAAAAGCUUUCAACAUAACGGUGGCGUUGACGGUGCAGCUCACCUCCUGCAUGAACUGGCCCACUCUCCUAGUCACCUCGAGCAUCUCCGCCAGCAGCCUCUCAUCGGGGUCCUCGAGCACCAGGGCGCCGCUGGAGUUGCUGCGUCGGGGCAGCAGACGUGCGGGCAGCGUUCGGCAGCCCUCUGUUGCCGCCGGCUGGUGCUCCUCCUCGCUCGCCGUCUCCUCCUCUCCCUCGCCGGCCGUCUCCCCUUCCUCGGGCUCCUCCUUGAUGACCUCCUCGUCAAGGUCAAAUUGGUCGCGCAUGUCGACUUCGACAACGGCCUCUGAGUCGCUCAUCAUGUUGGCGCUCCUUGUCAAGCGCUUUCUCUGAUCCCCAGAAAUGCAGAAAACGGUUGCGAAGAUAUUUGUAUCUGCAGAUGUUGUAAUCGGACGUACUGGAUCUCUUCUUGGGAGGAUUUGGGCGUGGGCCAAACGUCCUGUCAAUGGGGCGGCGGGGGAUGCCGACGAGGAAGGGUGGGCGCCAUCCUGGGAGCGGGGUCUUACCGUCCAGCAUCUUCUGCUUUGACGGUAUCUGCUUCUUCGCUGAGAGACACACAUAAGCAGACAGUGAAUGUGUGAUGGCCAGAGACACCGCAGCGGUCUGCACCCAUUCUCUCGGCAUACCUCCGAAAUCUUGCUUCCUCCCCGAAUUUGUGCACAUAUUCUGCGCCUACAUAAGCCGCCGCACAUUCUUGUGAUUUUGUUGAUCGUCUCGCCUCCCCGGCCGAGUAUCAGCCCCCUCUCGGUCUGAUGCAGGAAUGAAAGCGCCACACACACAUGCGUGGACGUAUAUCUCAGCCAUGAGUGUGUAUUUGCUCAUCACUGGCGAGUUCAUCUCGAAUUUCUCGCGGAUGAGCUUGCCGGGCCUUGGCGGGUUUGCCGGCAGAUGGCCGAUGACUUCAUCGAUGCUCUGGCCCGCCGCCAGGGACUUGAGGGUGCGAUCGAACUCGUGCAUCAUCCGGGCGCGCAUCUGAACAGGAGCAUCAGAGGCAGAGACAUGUGUGUGUGCAUGCAUCUGCGGCUCCAUGCAAUCGUCUGUAUACCUGCGGCUUCACCGUGUACAUGCUGUCGGUCUCUAUCGGGUCCUCGACCCACAUGUCCUGAAGAGGCAGGGGAACUUCUCGCGUCAAAGCAAGCCUUUUGUCCAUUCAUUUUGUUGCUGGGUACCUCGGGGUGGUCAGCAUAGUCCGUCUCCCUAUCGUCGGCCCUCUGUGAUGUCUGCAGGCGCACAUGCCACAUGCCGUGAUGUGGUAUCCCCUCUCUCCUUCUCAUGUUACUUACGGUGGCGCUGUCUGUGUUGAUGUAUUUUCUCUGUCGUCGGUGUCGCUGCAGGUAUUCUGCUUUGGUGACGACGUCGGGGGCCAGGCGGAUGGCGACGACGUAUUUGCGGACAUCGAGCUGCUCCUUGUAGAAACUAAACAAGAUAGAAUCAAAGGAGAGAAGGUACACAAGCAGGGUUUUUGGCUGUGUCUCCAUCCCUCCCUCCCUGUCUAUCUCCCUGUGUGUGCGUAUAUAUGAGGCCUACUCACCUGAAAAACUCAUACAAGAGCUGGGGCAGCUCGAGAUUCGCGCCGUUGGCGGCGUAGGGGUUUACCCGUCGCCUGUCACACACACACAUAAAAGAGCUCGAUAAGUAUCUCAGGGAAUCUCCUGUCUGCGGCUCAAUUCACCUGAAGUUCCUUCUUCUCUCCAGCUCCUGUCUCGCCUCCUUGGGUGGAGGGAAUUGGGGCUGCCGCUCAUCAUUCGCUCUCCCUGAUCACACACAUGACACAAUUGUGACGAGAAUGGCCCUGCAGAUCUCGUCAUCGGACACACUGGAGCUCUUUUCGUAGGGGCUUGAAGGUGGGAGGCGGGCCAAAUGUUCCGUCCAGGGGGCGGCGGGCGACACCCACUAGGAACGGCUUCGGGGCAGGUGGCCUCGCUCCCGGCAGCAGCGUCCCGUCCAGCAUCGCCUUCCUUGCGGGCACGGGCUUCUCGGCUGAGAGAGACGCAGAGACAGGCACACGGCUUGUCUUUCGAGGUAUCCUCUCAGCGCACCUCUUGUCUGCUCCGGCACCGACGGCAGCUUGGGCUUGGGCUUGCUGUAGCCGCUGCCGGCGACCUUCCUUAGGUGUCGGUGCUCACUCUCCCGCAGCCGCUCCUGGAACGUCUUUGACUUGUUUUUGAACUGAGAAGCCAACCAGGAUACCAUUCGAAAGUUGAGAGCUUCCAAUCGAAUGGCGCAUUGUGGGUGCAGCUGACCUGCUGCCUGAGCCGCUCGCGCCGUUGGUUUGUUGCAGCGAUCUCCCUCAAGGCCCGCUGGAAUGGCGUCUCCUGGCAGUCGGCCCCCUCCUCUCCCUCGUCUGCCGCCUCCUCGGCAACGAGCUCGACAGCCGACGCCAU